UUUCUUCCAAAACCCCUUUGUUGGCAAACACCAGCUGUAAUACAAAUAAAGCAAAUGAAGUCAAAUCUGUCCUUGAUCUGCAACAUCGGUACAAGGAAAGAAACACUUCAGAGUUCACAGUUCAGUCUUUUGAUUCUACAGAAAGUUACCCUGAAUAUGUGGAUGGAUGCCAAGGGUCAUUGAAAUACAAGUUACAUGAUACAAUUGAGCAUACAACUAAACAAAUGAGUUAUCACAAAGAUAACUCAAGUGAAGACGAACACAUUCCAGAGACUCCAGGUGUACUUGUAUGUACAGUCUUCAAUACAGAUCAGAAGAACUCUUACUCUUUUUUGGACCAGCUCUCUCGGAGGUGCCUGUCAGAUGACCUCACUAAGGCGUCAGUGGAACAAGAAUCUCUUAUCUUCUCUGAGCAAAUGAAAAACCUUUUGAAAAAGAGCAAAGAUGGACCCAUCGGCCAACAGGAUACUUGUGACAGUUCGACUCAGGCUUGCACCAGUCCUCUGACUGUCAACUUCUCCAAUCUUGAUCUUGAUUCUCUAGAGGUCUUGGACAUGCCACUUGUUAUACAAAAAAUAAGUGUAGACAUGUCCGAUAGAAAAGGCCUGACAGACCCCAGAAAGGAAGAAAAAAUGGUGUUUUCUCAUUCUCAGAGAACAAACAACCCAGUGGAACAUGCUGGGAUUUCUGGUAUGGUUGCAGAAUACACUAAGGUGUAUGAGGCCAAGAUGCAUAAUGUUUGUUCUAUCAAAAAGACUUGUAGACCUAAAAGAAUCCACCAAGGUUACUCUGGAACUGAAGCAAGUAACCAUUUUGACUUCUGUGAUCAAAUGAAGAAAGAACUUGACAAGUCUUUCCGGUGUAAUCUGAAUGCAGUGGUGAAGAAAUCCUGUAAAACAAAGUACAGAUUCUACAUAUUGGUGACGUCGGAUGCUGUCUUCUUUGACAAAACUAAGGCUUACAUGGAGGCUGAGGGUCACACUGCUGUACAGCCGUCUGAAUUCUUUCACGAUGAAGGCAGUUCUUCGUGUCUUCUCAUCAUCCUCAGAAAUGAAGACAUUGCAGAGCACAUUUGCAAGAUACCGCAGUUGCUCAAGCUGAAGAUGACCCCAGAUGUGCAGUUUGCGGGAAUUGAUGAGCCGGAUGAUGUUGUUAAUUUCACUCAUCAGGAGCUUUUCACCCAGGCUGGCUUUAUCAUGUUUGACAAAGCGCUACUGGAGCCCCUCAGCCUUUGCUACAUGAAAAAAAUCUCUGAAUGUUUGCAAGUGUUGAGCAGAACGGGGAAGUGGAAAUGGAUGCUACACUACAGAGACAGCCGUCGCCUGAAAGAAAAUGCAAGGUUGAGCGAAGAGGCAAAUGAGAAGAAGCUCUUCCUGUGCUGGGGCCAAGACGCUGGGAUACUGGAGGUCUUGCCUUACCAUGAGUGUGACUUGGCAUCAAAAGAUCAACCAGACUAUCUGACGUGUUUGCUCCGCCUGCAAGUCCAGCAUAUCUCAUCUCGUUAUCCUGUUUUUAUAACUGAUGCAACAACAGACAGUGCUUUUGAGAAGAACGGGAUUUUGACAAUGACUUUGGAUGCUUUCUUGACCAAGUCGCCAACUGAAAAAUUUACCAUCUGACUUUCAAAUUGAAAAAUGUCAGAUUGGUGGGACUCAUGUUUACUAAUUUAUACAUGGAACAAUCUUAACUUCUCUUAGACGUAAGGGGAACCCAGCAGCUGGUAUUGCUUAUUUAAAA